GGGGUGAGAGGGAGGUUAUAUAACAACCACCAUCAACAACCAUCAACAACCAUCACACAUUCAAUCCAACACAACACAUCGUACCACCACAAUGAAACCAUCAUCGAUCCUCUCCAUCCCCGCGCUCAUCGCGCUCCUCCCGGCCAUCGCCGCCCUGCCCACCACCACCCCGCACCUCGCCCCCUUGUCUUCCCAGGGAGAGAUCAUCCCGGACAAGUACAUCGUCGUCCUCAAGAAGGGCGUCGAGUUCGGGUCGAUCCAGGCUCAUCUGGAUGUCGUCCAACAGGCUCAUAGCGAGAGUCUCCUCUCCUCGCUCGAUGGCAUCACCAAGAUCUUCCAACCCACCACUCACUCCCAACAUGGGUUCUACGGAUACGCCGGGCAGUUCUCCCAGGCCACCUUGGACUUGAUCAGGUCUAGCCCCGAGGUAGAGUACGUCGAGCACGACCAGGUCGUCAGGCUCGAUUUCGGGACCGAGUCGUUCGAAUCUCAGCCUCGAGGUCACGUCGAGAACAACUUGGAGAGCCUCGCCCAGGUCACUCGGGCGGAGGAGGACUUGAUGAUCGCCUCGGACGGGUACAACAUUACGCACCAACGUUCCGCCCCCUGGGGUCUCUCUCGAAUCUCCCACCGACCUCAUCUCACCCUGUCCACCUUGAUGCGAUACGAUUACUCUACCGCCUCGCUCUCCACUUCGCACGACCCUCAGGGCGUAGACGUCUACGUCGUCGAUACGGGUAUCAACGUCGCCCACGUAGAGUUCCAGGGGCGGGCCAAGUGGGGCAAGACGAUCCCCUCGGGAAGCAAGGAUUACGACGGUAACGGUCACGGAUCGCACUGCGCGGGAACGAUCGGCAGUCGGGCUUAUGGAGUCGACAAGGGGGUCAACUUGUGGGCCGUCAAGGUGUUGAGCGACCAGGGAAGUGGGACUUUGAGUGAUGUCGUCUCGGGUAUCUCGUGGGCCGCUGAACACGCCGAACAGAGGGCCAAGGCUGCCGAGGCCGAACUCGCCGCUACUGGCAAGACCGCUUACAAGGGAGCUGUCAUCUCGAUGUCUCUCGGAGGAGGCAAGUCCGCUGCCACAGACGACGCUGUCGAUGCGGCCACUCAAGUCGCCCUCGUCGCCGUCGCUGCCGGUAACGACAACAAGGACGCCUGUGAUUACUCCCCGGCUAGGGCCAAGAAGGCGAUCACCGUCGGUGCCUCGACUUUGGGCGACGAGAGGGCUUACUUCAGCAACCUUGGCAAGUGUGUCGACAUCUUUGCGCCUGGUUUGAACAUCUUGUCGGUCUGGACCAACGGAAACAUGACUAGCAACACCAUUUCGGGAACCUCGAUGGCUACCCCUCACAUCGCCGGUCUCGGUGCCUACCUCCUCAGCGUCUACGGAACCGAGACCUUGCCCUACAUGACCGCUCGAGAGCUCGCCAAGCUGGACAAGAUCGCCGGGUCCACCCUCUCCGAAUCGGCCUUGAUCGAGACCAUCCUCGCCCAGACCCCCGCUGCGUCCAUCCAAUCGGUCGCCUCGUCGUCCUCGUCGAGCGUCUACUCGGUCGUCUACUCGGCCAUGCCCCGACUCGCUCAGGCCUUGUUCCCCGCGCCCGCUACCCAGUUGGAGUCGGUCGCCCCUAUCGACAAGGUCAUCACCACCAUCAAGCCCAACCAGCUCAAGGGAUUGUUGAUCAGCUUGUCCAGCAAGGGACUCUUGUCCGGCGUCGGAGAGGGUAGCCCCAACUUGUUGGCCUUUAACAAUGCUACCAGCGUUCCUUCCAAGAAGAACUAGACGGCGACGAGUCGGUCGUCGAUUUGCCUACAGGCGGAUCGUCUGGUUUGACGUGUGGAUGGAUACCUUCGGGUCGUCUUCCGGUUCUUAUAUCUCAGUGUAACACCAUUCUUCUUCACGGGACGCUUUCGCUCCCCCUCUCAUUUGGUCUCAGUAUCCGCUAGUCUGAUGUAACAAGUAAACACACGAAAGAAAGUUUUUGUCAAUGAUUGUGAUAUGUUUAUACCUAUGCCUCGA